UCUCAGGUCAAGUCUGCAUCAAAAAAAAAACGUAGUUGUUGAGACUCAACAAGUCAUCGAGAAAAUCGUAAAAAAAUUGCGAUUAGACAGCCUCCGAACUUGAAAUUUUAGUAUUUUACUAUUCCAUAUAUCGUCUUAAUUGGCUGCGCUCUUACUUGUUCAUCUCCAAUCCCACCAUUUUCUAUAAGAAGCUCUUUGGGGUUUUCUCUUUUGAGUCAAAACUAUCACUUCUCCUCCCUCGCGUCGCGUUUCUGAAAGAAGAGAGAUCCGAUCCGAUCUGAAAAUGGGGGAGAAAUGGGUGUUGAUGAAAACGGCUCAGACCCCCACCAACAUAGCGGUGAUAAAGUAUUGGGGAAAGAGGGACGAGACCCUUAUUUUGCCUGUCAACGACAGUAUCAGCGUUACUCUCGAUCCUGCCCAUCUCUGUACCACAACCACCGUCGCUGUCAGCCCUGCUUUCCAACAAGAUCGCAUGUGGCUUAAUGGCAAGGAAAUGUCCCUUUCCGGAGGAAGGUACCAGAACUGUUUGAGGGAAAUCCGAAAACGGGCUAGGGAAGUUGAGGAUAAAGAGAAAGGAAUAAAGAUAAAUAAGAAAGAUUGGGAGAAGCUGCAUCUCCAUAUUGCAUCUUAUAACAAUUUUCCUACUGCAGCUGGAUUGGCUUCCUCCGCUGCUGGUUUUGCUUGUCUUGUUUUCGCACUUGCAAAGCUUAUGAAUGUGGAGGAAGAUGAAAGUCAACUUUCUGCUAUUGCUAGGCAAGGUUCAGGCAGUGCUUGUCGCAGUUUAUUUGGUGGAUUUGUUAAGUGGAUUAUGGGAAAAGAGGAGGAUGGGAGUGAUAGUCUUGCAGUUCAACUAGUGGAUGAGAAACACUGGGAUGAUCUUUUCAUCAUUAUUGCCGUUGUAAGUUCACGGCAGAAGGAAACAAGUAGCACCUCUGGAAUGCGUGAGAGUGUUGAAACAAGUUUGCUUUUACAUCAUAGAGCAAAGGAAGUUGUGCCAAAACGCACAUUACAGAUGGAAGAAGCCAUAAAGAACCGUGAUUUUGCAUCUUUUGCAAAAUUAACUUGUGCUGAUAGUAACCAGUUCCAUGCAGUCUGUUUGGAUACAUCUCCACCCAUAUUCUACAUGAAUGAUACAUCUCACAGGAUAAUAAGCCAUGUUGAGAAGUGGAACCGUUCUGAAGAAUCUCCCCAGGUGGCAUAUACAUUUGAUGCUGGACCUAAUGCAGUUUUAAUAGCACGAAACCGAAAGGCGGCUGCUCAAUUACUUCAGCGGCUGCUUUUCUCCUUCCCUCCAAAAUCUGAAACUGAUCUGGACAGUUACAUUAUCGGUGAUAAGACGAUACUCCAAGAUGCCGGACUGGAGGGGAUAAAGGAAGUGGAAGCUUUAUCCCCGCCUCCCGAAAAUGGUUCUGCCCAGAAAUACCCUGGAGAUGUCAAUUACUUCAUUUGUACAAGACCUGGGAAAGGCCCUAUUCUGCUUUCAAAUGAAAAUCUGGCUCUUCUUGACCCGGAAACUGGGCUUCCCAAGUAAGAAGUGCCUUGCUUUCUCUAUGCAACUUGGGUAAACUUAUCUUCUAAGGAAACUGGAAUGUCUCUGAGAUGGCAAAAUGCCAGUUAGGUUUAGCUAUGCAGCUUGUUAUCCUUUAUGUAUUUGUAGUUUCUUUUCCCCCCCUUAUAUUUAAGAUUUGAAUCCUCACCAUGAUUGAAACAAUAUUGAAUAAUUGCUUGCUUCUUUCAUCUUCUAAACCUCUGGUAUUUCCUUGUAGUUUCCAAUUGGUAAUGUAAGAGACUAUUGUUCAUUUCCCGCA